AUGGAAAAGGAGGUAAGCUAUGUCCAAAGUAAAGCAGCAGCUGGUAAAAAGGCUGUGGAUGAAGAAAGACUUCAAGAGACAACUAAGAAAGACCAGGAAAAAAUGGAAAAGAUGGUUCAGCAGAUGACAAUAAAGAGGAAAACUAGUGAAAUUGUUUUUCAGCAGUUAGUAGAGGAUGUGAAACCAGUAUUGGAAAUGGAUUUUAUUACGGCUGCUCUAAAAAAGGCUCAGGAAGGAUUAGAUGCAGCAGUGGCCGACUGCAAGGAAGCUAAUGACAAAUACCUUGAACUGCUCGAUAAGGACAAAGCAGAUGCAGAAUUUAAUUGGAUGAAAAAUAUUCAAAAGGAGUAUAAUGCCAUAACAUCAAGAAUUGCAGUCGGCAUUGCGAAGGAACAGGAGAAACUAAAGAAGCUAGAAUCGACAAGUAAAAGUAAGGAAUCGUGUAACCUCAGAUUGGAAAAACUGAAAAUGCCACCAUUUGACGGUGAUACUAGACAAUAUCCACGCUUUAAGAAAGACUUCGAGCAGCAAGUAUUACCAGGACUGCCUAAAGAGUCUGCACCUUAUGCCUUGAGAUCAUGUCUCGGCAGAGAACCUCUCAUUAUUGUAAGAAGUGUAGAGGACGACAUAGAAGAGAUGUUAAAGCGUUUAGAUGAAAAGUAUGGGGAUCCAGCGAAGAUUGCGGACGUAGUCAUUGACAGCAUUAAAGAGGUAAAAGUCACUAUAAAAGAAGGAGAACAUAAGAGAUUUAACAACUUUGUUAAUAUUGUAGAAGAUGCUUAUCAAGAUUUGCGAAGACUCGGUCUAGAAAAGGAGUUCACUACUACUAGCUCUGUGAGCAUAAUAGAGAAGAAAUUGCCAAACGAUGUGCGAAAGGAGUGGGCCAAGCUAGUCAGCUUUGAUACAAGCGAAGUCGACAAGAGAGAUAAAUUUCCAAGCCUCCUGAAAUUUCUGCUUAAUUGUAAGAGAGCAAUUGAGUAUGAUUCCAGCAACUUACGAAGCAAUACUUCAUAUGCUGGGACAGUCAAUCUUACUGCAAGUGAGAAAUUAGAGGAAGAUGGCCAUGAGGAUGAAAGUAAUACGGAGCAGCAGAAGGAAACCAUUAUCUCACAAAACAAGUGCCUAUUUCAUCCCAAUAGUGAUCAUUGGACAGAUACAUGGAACCUUUACCUUUCCAAGUCGCCUGAAGAGAGAAUUAACCUGCAGAAGGACAAGUCAGCGUGUUGGUCAUGCCUGAGAGUUGGUCAUCGACUAGCGGAAUGCAAGAGAAAGAAAGCCUGCGGCGAAAAUGGAUGCAAAGGAACACAUCACAAAACUAUUCACAUGGAACGAAAGAGUGGCCUUACCGCUGCUUGUGGUGAUAUGACCAACAGUACUUGCCUCUUACAGAUCCAAAGAAUCAAAACCAGCGUCGACCAACGUCUUGUGGGACAGUGCAGCAUCUAUUUGUCUUAUUACGUACAGUAA